UAAUACCAGCAGGUAGACAAAUCUCUUAAGUACUCUUCAAUCUGGAGAAAUUCAGGAAGUAAAAUAUGUUUUUUUCAAAACAGGAAAACUUGAACACAGUUGGUGUAUAUAGCAACGUAAAGGUUACAGUAUAUAUACACUCUACUAAGGAUCCUAUUGUAGAUCACAGCUUAGAAAUUCUUCACGAUGGACAUUGGUGUCUGUACUGUCUUACAAAGAAGGGAUGCAUAUAUAGGGUUGAAAAAGGUUGUGAAAAAGAGCUUGCCAGGCACAAAUGCCCACCUGAGGAUAAACAGUCAGAGAUAUUUUCGGAUCUCCUUGGGCCUGAAGAUUUGGAUGAUGUGUUUCAACUGCACAUGUCAACACAGCCAGUCUAUGUUCUGAAUGAUUCAGACAUUAUCAUUAGAAAACUUCAGUACCCUGUAGCGCUAUGUGUUUGCUCUAGUCAUAUCAUUGCUAUAACAGAGGACUCUGUGUUUUACACAUUGUCUCUGUUUAGAAAACAAUGUAAUACAAAUACUGCAGAAGGCAUAGCUAUACUUCCAAAAAGCUCUGGCCAUGGUGAAAAAGAUAUCUGUCUAGCAUCUGGUCUGAUAAAUAUUAUUACUCGUGAUUGCAUGGAUGGGAAAGACACAUUUUAUUCAGAUGUGGUUAUUAUAGAUGUAACUUUAUUCAAGCAAUUGUUUGGUGAAGAAACAGCUCUUCUUAGUUCUCCAGUGUUGAUGGUCAGUAAAAUAGAUGGAACAGUAUGUUAUAUUCCAUUAUCAUCUUUUGUUUCAAGUCCAGAUAACUCGUUAGUUUCUAGUACCGAAAGUUACAGGAAUACAUGGAGUAUUUUAUGCUGUAUGUCCGCCAAUGUUGUAGCAAUCACUACUUUAACAGUACUAGAAGAUGACCGACCUACUAAUGAACACUGUAAGAAUGCCUUGUGUAUAUGCGGAUGUGAUGGUCAAGUGGUAAUAUUCUGGAGUGAGGAUGGUAAAACAGAAUAUAUCAUCUCUGAAGUAUCCAUUUGUAGCCCUGUGCUUAGUGUUCAAUCAUUUCACAAUAAGAUAUAUAAUACUAAUGGAUGUGCAAUAUUUGAAAGUAUAGUUGAGAUACCAGCAGAUAGGAACAGCAACGGUUUGGCUAGGAAUGGACAGCUUCAGAUAUCGGAUACAAAGUUAGUCAGUAAUGACAGUGUGGCUGUUAUUCAUGCAGUAUCUUCAGAUGGAUAUGUGGAGUCACAAGCAUCCCCAUGUACAUUUUACUGUACUUGUCAGAAUGGGCAUGUUAAGGCAAUCAAAUCAUCAAAACUGUUAGAUAAUCAUUGUGACAAUCAAAGCACACCUCAUGGUAAUUUGAAAAAUAUUCUGACAUCAAUUGAUGACAUAGGUAAAAAAAGACAGCACUUAAAGAAUCAGAACAAAGUCCAAGAAAGAAACAUUCAGCAGCUUGGCAUAGCGUCAUACGUUAAUACCUGUUAUGUCAAUCUGACAAAAGGGAUGUCAUGUAAUAAUAGAGGGCAAUUGGAUGUAUUUAGAAACGUGUCUACCAAGUCACCAUUUUCUGUUGUUCUUUUGCCAAGAACACAAGUUGCUAAAGAUAAGGAAAUCAUUGAAAUGACUGCUGAGAUAGUCAAUCAGAUGUCGGUGAUACCUUCAUUAGAUUGGACAAUUAUUGUAUCAGUAGUUACCUUAACUAGCAAUGAUAACAUCUUGAAUGCAUCUGUUAAAAUUGAUAAAGAAUGGAAAGAAAAUGAGAAAGUGAGUGUUCCAAUCCAAAUAACUUUCAAACAAAUAUUGUCAAUAUGUAAACUUGUUGUUAAAGCAGUUCUUGCAUUAGAAAAGGGUGGUAAGCAACAGCUUGAAGAUGGAGAAUGUAGUGGUAUACAACAUAUAAGUAUUCCAAUAUACGAAAAAGUUAUUGAUAUAAUAGACUGUUUGACACCUGUAUCAGAGAAUGUCAAUGAAUGUAUUGCAAAAUAUGCAUCCAUUUCAAAUACAAUGAUGACAGAACAGACGAAGAAUCGAAUGGAGAGGCUAAAAUUGUCAACAGCAAAUAAUGAAGGUGAUGAGGAUAUAACUGUAAGCACAAAAAAUGUUCUUCAUUUACCUAAACUGGAAGAUGAAAAGGACGGACAUGAUAAAGCUCAUAGAGUUCUAGAAGCUCUUUUUGGUAAGACUGUAUCGGACAACAGUGGCAUAAAACCUUCCAACUGCCAGCUAUCGACAGCCCUUGGGCAUGUUGUGCAUCUAAGUGUACUGCCAGUAGGAAAGGACCAGAUAAAUGAUGGGAAUGUAUCGACCGGAGAAAUGGGGGUAUUUGAAGUGAUAGUCAGAAGCAGCCCAUCUAUUGCUGCAGCUUUGCAUAAAGCCAUUAGUCGCCGGGAACAAGGGAUUGUCAUAGCAUUUGGAAAUAAUAAACAACCGGCGGUUUCAGUACAACAUUGUCGGAAAGCUAUCAAAAUAGCAGAGGAUACGAUCAAUGAUGUAAGCGGCAUCACUCCAUACAAAACAGCUUCAAUACCGUCUGCUUUCCAGAAAUUGAGGAGUGUAUUUCUCUGAAACAGAUGAUUGCAUGAUUAAAACAAUAUUGUCAGGGUUUCCCUGAAUCGACAGGUGCCUAUUCUGUUAUUUCUGUUAGAUAUAUGACAAUAAACAUGAACUGAA